AGGUACAAAAACAGAAACAUUAAUAAAAAAAAACAUGUGAUCUUAAAUGAGUGCUAUAAUUACAUUGUUAUUGAAAUAACAAUUGUUAUACGCGUUAAAACUUCUCAAUAAGUGCAUCUUAUUAAUUAUAAGUAUGAUAACAGAGUUCAAGUGUUAAUAAAAAUGAGUAGAUGUGAUUUUAAAAUAGUGCUUUUGGGCAGCGAACAUGUUGGAAAAACUAGCCUGGUACUUCGAUUUGUUAAUUGCAGAUUCAAUUCUGGUACGCCAUAUCAAAACACAAUCGGUGCAGCUUUUUGUGCCAAACAGAUGCACUCCAACGGCAAAGACUUCAAUGUUGGGAUUUGGGACACGGCUGGCAGUGAAAGGUAUGAAGCUAUGACCAAAAUGUACUACCGUGGGGCUCACGCAGCUAUAAUAUGUUAUGAACCUUCUUCACAAGCCUCGUGGACUCGGUUAAGACAUUGGCUGUUGGAACUGCGCACUGUUGAAGAGGACUGCAAGGUAUACCUAUGUGGUACGAAAAAGGACCUCUUAGACAGUGGUGCAGCGCAGAGAGAGGUGCCAGAGGACAUAGUGGCAACAUACUCACAAGGGUUGAGAGGUCACUUCCUGACCUCCAGCAAAACUGGGGAGAAUGUUGACGAGCUUUUUCAAAAAAUCGUCGACGACUGCGCGACGGAUCUCAGAGUGAUGAAGAACGUAGAAGAAGCGAGAGUGCAGCUGCAAAAAGAAGAUGCUGCUUACAGAGCGAAGCAUAAAGAAUAUUGCUUCUGUUGAUACUUUUUUUUUUCUCUCGUCUGGCUUUACACUGAUUAGCCAAUGUCAAGUUUGUAGUUAUUUACAAGUUAGGGAAACUAUAUGUAUAAGUGCGAGUCAGACUCGCGCACCGAGGGUUCCGUAAUCGGGUGUUUUUUUUCGACAUUUUGCACGAUGAAUCAAAACCUGUUAUGCAUAAAAAAAAACUGUUUUGGAAUGCACAGGUUUGGUUUGUCUUUCAUAUGAUACCCCACUUGGUAUAGUUAUCUUACUUUGAAAAUUGAAACACAUUUUAAUUAUAUUACAUUUGUGAUAUAACCAUAAAUUCACGGUUUUCGGAU